UGUGCCGUGAGAUAACUUACAAACCCCUUAACACGACUAAGCCUACCUUCUCGAAAGAUUUUUCAUUUUGACAUCCAUAUGCCUCCAUAUAUUUUUUAUUGUCCUUUUUUUCGCUGAUAUCCGCUGAUGAACGUUGAAAGAUAUUAUCGUUGCUCAUAGUGAAAUAUCUCUAUACCAGCUUUGUGAGUUCCUCAGUGACAUUGUAAACACACGGUAGCGAGUCCGUCCCGAGGAACAUGAAUCCAAAACUUCAUUCAUCUUUUUACUCGGAGUUUUAGGAUUGAAACGAUGUCGCCGUGAUGUUACAUCGAAGUGCGUCGUCGCGACGCCGCAGGGCGUCACGAAGCGUUGCAAACUCGAGUCAUCCUGCUGGAACUUCAUCUGCUACGAGAGGACGGCGAGCAAGCGUUGCUACGGAAAAACCUGAUCUUUUGACUCAGAUCAGUCCCUGCGGCACGAUGGAAAGACAGAAAUCACCGAGAGGAAGCGUCGUACCGAAUAUAGCACUCGACGUUGAAAAUGAUUUACCGGAAGAGGGCAGCGGUCGAAGGAUUUUACCGGAUCUGGAUUAUGGUGGAUCCCGCAACAAUCUAACAGCAGACAUUGCUCGAAGUCCGCGUAACUCCUUGAUACCGGAGGAUUACUGCAGAAGUCCUCGUGGUUCUUUGAUACCCGAUCCUGGUCGAAGUCCACGCAAUAGUCUGGUACCAGAGAUAAGUAGAUCGGCAAGAAACAGUUUGACUCCGGACACUCCUCACAGUCCAAGACAUUCGUUGGUCCCUGACGUGGCCUACAAUCGCAGUCCACGAAACAGUCUGAUACCUCUCUGUGGUUCAAGGACGUCUCUGAUGGCAGAAAAUGGAAAUGUAACUGGCAAUCGUAGUCCCAGGCACUCUUUGAUACCAGACUCGAGCAGAAGUCCACGUGGGAGCAUAGCGAACCUGGAGUUUGAUCGUAGUCCACGUGGAUCCAUUUGUCCUGAAAUGGUUAGAACCGGAAGAGCGGGUGCCACGACGCCGUUAGAAAUGGAUAGAAGUCCACGUGGAUCUUUAAGUUCCGAAUGCGCGAAUCAGAGUCCGCGAGGUUCGAUAGCACCGGAUCCUAAUCGAUCUCCGAGGGGUUCGAUCGUGCCAGAUCCGAAUCGUUCUCCGAGAGGGUCUAUUUGUCCCGAGGGAAAUCGCAGUCCACGUGGCUCGAUAGUUACCCACGAACAAACGAAUAGAUCUCCUCGUGGCAGCAUCAUCGUUAACGAUUUGGAAAAGCAUUCCAGAGGUAUCGCUGGUCACAACGACGAGGGAAACAGAAGUCCUAGGGGAAGUAUAGCUCCGGAGAGUAUCGACAGAAGUCCCAGGGGUAGUCUCGGUGGAGGACUGGAUAGAAGAAUUACCAAAGGCAAUUUGACAUUACAGGAUCCGAGAAGAGCUUCCGCCGAUCAAGGAACUGUGAGAAGCCGUAGUUCCUCGCCCUAUCGUCAAAAGGAUAUGAAUUCUAGUAGCGUAAGAUCAGCAGGGAACGGUGCUCAAAUUAAUCUCGCACACGGUGGGAAUUCUUGGACGGAAUCCAGGCGAGCAAGCAGUUCUGUUUCUCAGUUUUCAGGCGACGAGUCACGUCGAUUGUGCGCCGGAAUUAUCAAAAUACCAGAGAAGGGUACUUCGGAAACCGCAAACCUCGGAGUGGCGACCUACGGUUCCGUGGUCUUUCAACUGAAGGACGCCCAUCUCGAGGCCAACGGCACGUGCGACUUCGUUUUCCGUGCUCUGAGGGUCAUUAGCAAAACGAUGAUAGUUACCAUAUGUCUUGCUGUCCUUUCUACUAUGCCUAUUCUGAUGUUUAUUUUAGGUAUACAAUUCAUCAAAGACUGCCCGAGGGAACCACAUAUUCCUCUCUACAUGGUGGUCGGUGGUACUUUGGGCACCGUUAGAAUGUUUUGGUCACUUUACUCUCAGAUACGUUCCAGAAGACCGGAAGCUCUUACCGUUCCUAAUACCAGAUCUUACGUUUCACCUAUGAAGUUGGCUUCGAUAGCUCUCUCGUGCUUCCUCGUCGGUUGGUUCGCUUUAGGAAAUUAUUGGAUACUCAGCAUCGAAUGGCCGGAAUAUGCACCCAUGCUUUAUGAUCCCGACCGAUGGUGCCACAAAACCCUCUACAUAUUCUCCUUGGUUCACCUCUGCGUUGUCUACGUGGCGAUAGCGGCGAGUCUUUUGCUCUCUCUUGGCCUAGCAUUUUGUAGAAUUUGUGCGUGUCCUUGGCCCGAAAGAUACAAAUAACCACGGCGUUCUGUUCGAUCGAGAAUCAUUCGAGAGAAGUCAACGGCCAGUAAGAGGUACCAAGAUAGAGAUUUCCUCGGAGGAAAAAUGCUUAAGGUGGUGGAGGUAGAGGAAGACGAGGAGGGAGAGGGCUUGAACGAGCGAGGUAAUGAGGUCGUCCAGGAGGUGAAGUAUAGCAGCAAAGUACAGUUUCGUGCGCCUGAUAUCAUAGAGUUGUGAGGAACUAGGAAAAUAGACGGAAGAUAAAUCGACUCCUUCCUGGUCGAUCCUAACGAGUUGGGGCGGGUGGAGUGGUGGGGGUUGAGUUAGGACAAGAGAAAAAAAAAGUAGUACCUUGCUCGUUGAAUUCCAAACUAUCGGUCAAACUAACAAAAAUAAAGUUCGCUCUUUACAAAAAAAGAUCAUUGCUGCUUCGAAAAAAAAUAUAUGACGAGUAUAAUAAGCGAUCUUUCGAUCUUUCGAUAAAUUUUCGAAUUCAUUGCAUGUCGAUAUCGUAAGAGAGAUCGUACGUGAUGAUUUUCGAGUAAUCGUAUGAUAUUAAUUGGGAAAAGCUUAGAGAAAGAAGAAAUAUAUGAUGGAGAUGGUAGAACGGAUAAAUGGGAGACGAACGAAGAGGCUUGCGCAGGUAACGUAUCGUUAAGUAGAAAAGAUCCAUUAUAGCCGGACUGUUCUAACGCUUUCAUUAAAGAUAGAAAACAAAUGAUCCGUUUAUCCGACGAACCAGCUGCGCAAGCUUUAUUAGAAGACGGACAAAGCAAUGAAAAUUUUUCUUUUCGAAAUUCGUCAAAGAAUUUCCCAAAAUUAUGAUCGCAAAAUAAAGAGAGAGAGAAGCUUAAAGUCGAUGGAUCGAUAAAUGUCAACGGGCCACGUAUUUGUCCAUUCUGUAUCUAGUUGUUGGAGAAUGGAUUUUUGUGAAAAGGAAUCGUUUUUACGAUAGUAACGAAUGUUCCUCUUUUUCUUUUUUCAAUCGAUGCGCGUUGAACGCGCGAUGUUCCAUGGACCAAUACAAAACAAAAAAAGUACGAAGCACGAAACAACAUCGCAAGAAAAUUCCCGAUCUCGUUCGACCCUUACAAAUUUUUCUUUACGACCGUGAUAUAUAACAUUUUCUAUGAGAACGUUCAAUCGAGUACGGUAGACCCUAAAAUUCGUUGCUUGAUUUAUCGAAAAGAUUCUUUCGUAGACGAAAAGAUUCGAACGUUGCACUUUAGAUAUCACGAACUGGAAUGGUUACGGUCGUUCCUUCGAAAUUUGAUUUCAACUUUUCGACGCGAUAUUCGUAUCUUUCUUUAACACCGGACAAGUAUCGAUCGUUCCCGUCAUUGCGUCGUGGAUGUAAGUGCGAUAGGAGUAUAGUUUCUCGAUUUCUCUUGGCAACCAUCGAAGGUCGUAAGUAAGUGAAACACUUUGAGUACAUACAUACGUGCUCGAUUCAACUUUUAGAAAGAGUGAGAAAGAAGGAAAGGAAAUCAAGCAAUGAACAUCUUUAUUUUUCUACGUCUUUCUAAGGUCUCUCUGGAAAAGAUGGAGACUCGUUUCUUCGUCUUUCUUUUUCCUUGUUUCUGUGUGCAUUUAUAUCGUACUCUCUCUCUCUCUCUCUCUCUCUCUCUCUCUCUCUCUCUCUCUCUCUCUCUCUUUCUCUCUCUCUCUCUAUUUCUUCUUUUCUUACUUUCUCUUUUUCUCUCUCGCAUGGACGAAUCUGAAGUAUCAACGUAAGUGAUAACCUAUAUACAUGCGUGUAUUUAAACUUUAUAUGUCAUCAAACGCAGAUAUAUUUUAAUUUAUGGAAAUCGAAAGAGUAGGUAAUUAUGCAUACAUAUAUACAUACAUAUAUAUUGUAUAUACCUAUGCACAGUCAAGGAUUCAUUUUGGCAAGGAUCCAAUCCGGCAAACAUCGCUCUCCCCUUAUCUACAAAGUCUUUAGCGGUUCUCUGCACGAACUCGUUAUGCUGAAGAAUCAACGUCAAUUAAAAUUUAUAUUAAUGCUUUCAGCAAUGUAAAGAACUUAUGUACUUACUUACACAUGCACACCCGAUGCAUUUAUGCGUUGUGUAAUGUUUUAGUUCAAGAAUAGGGGAGACGAGCUUGAUAUUCGCGAAUGACAUAAGCGUAAAUAUAUAUAUAUAUAUAUAUAUAUAUAUAUAUAUAUAUAUAUCUAUCUAUCUAAGUACAUAUAUAUGUAUGUGUACAAUCGGUAAGCGUCCGGCUAAAAGCGUUGCUUCUCCUAUGCUCACGUAGCUAAAUACGUACGUAAUGGAGCAUUAUUAUACCAGUAUUAUACUCUUCUCUUUGUGCAAAUUUGCACAAUAAUCAUACGAUAAAGCAUAUGUCUUUUUCCUUUUUUUUCGUAUUUCUUUUAUAUCACGACUAUGCAGUGGUUCGACAACGGGUCCAUAUAUUUCAUUGUUUGUACGAGUAAUUACCUAUAUAUCGUAGAGUAUAUAUAUAUAUAUAUAUAUAUAUAUAUAUAAUAAUUAUUCAAGCUUUGUACGAUCUUGCUGCAAUGUAAAAUGUUUUUCUUUCCAUUAGCAGAGUGUCAACUAUAUAUCAUCGGUGAAAUUCAUCAAUGGUUGCCUUUAUUGGCAAACAAAUGAUACGAGAAAAUCUUUUCUUACAAGAAAGACCAAAGGUUAUCUCGUUAUCUUUCAACGAAUCGAUAGAUAAAAGGUAAGAAAAGAAACGAAUAAAUACGAUGGUCAAAUAAAUGUACAUCGGCACGAGCAUUGGCAUGUUAUAUGUAUUAUAUAUCGACUGCUCAUGCGAUGGCAAACUUACGAUAUACCUGGAUAUACAUAUAAUAUAGAUAUACAAAUAAAUAUAUAUAUAUAUACACACACAUAUACAUAUAUAAAUAUAUAUAUAUAUACAUUACCUACAUUUACACAUACCUUUACACAUAUUACAUACGCAAAGAAGAACUUUAUCCUGGUUUUAUAUAGAACAAUUUUCUAACCAUCCAAGAGACUCGAAAUGUAAUAAAAUAUCCACGCAAUCCUUUCGAUGGCGAGCGCACAAAGAGAAUAAGAAAGAGGAUAAGGAUCUAUCCCCUUAGAUGUAAGAGAAUAUAAGAUGUUUUCGCAAUCGAUUUGCAUUAUUCUUAGAAUAGAGAGUUUAUUUAUUUUUAUACCGAAUAGUUCGAUAGCACCCGAUUAUAAUUCGAUCGUUAAUCCGCGAUUAAAAGAGCGUUAAUUGUUUUGGUUCCUUCAGAGUCUAAAAAAUCGUUCGUAAAUCGUUGUUAAUUUUAUGAUCGGUCGAUCGUCGAUUUUCGUCAAAGAGACUUGAAUUUGAUGUACGUACGCGGACGCGUAAAUAAUUUUACGUGUGUGAUUGUUCGAAAGGAAUGACGGACGUUUUAAAAUGAACGUAAAGUUUUAUUACGCGUGUCGAUGGUACAUGCGAUACAUGCGUGUAAUUACUCGAUAUCAUUCUAUAAUCGCGCACAGUCGCGUAUCGUGGUCCAGGCUUUAACGUAGAAAACUCACCCUCCGCGUAACACGCUGAAGAACUUUGUCGAUUUGUGUGUAAGAGAUAUCUAUGUAAUAACGAAUUAGCUAUGUAAUAUUAUUGUACUUGCAACGAGGCCGACGAUGAAACCUAAAGCGGAUAAUAAAAUCAACGUCGUUAGAAUACGAUACUGUCGUCCUAGGAUGCGGCCCGAAGAAACACGUCGUGUUUUAUAAUUAUUAUUUUUUAAUGUUCCUCGGUAGUUUAGAAACAAAAGGACAAAAGAACAUAGCGAAUUACCGUCGCGUUAUUAUUCUCAGGAUUUGCGAAUAGAUUUUUUAUAAUGUUUUCCUAUUCUCCAACGCUAUUUUUCGAGGUGCAAAUUCAUCGAAUCAAGGAUACUUAACUGCGUCCUGGGACGAAUUCGUCAAUUUUUGGCUUUUAUAUGGCAUGCGAGUGUCUAUCGAAACACGAACGAGAGAAGAUCGAAUAUGCGUAAACAUAUUCGAGUUUCCUCCGAUUCAUAAAAUUUUAAGUCACGUGUUAAACGUAUUUCGUUAGAUAAUCUAUCUACUGUCAGCUUAUCGUUAGAAAUAUAUGCCAGAUACGUCCGGUCGAUAAAAUUUAUUAUUCAAUGUUAACAAGAUCGAUGGGUGUUCGCUCGGUUGUAUAAUAAAUCCCGUCGUCGCGGGAGGAUGUGUAAUAAUCGUAUUAAACGAUUGUAUAUUAAUGUAAAAUUAUUUGUUCUACAUAAUCGUGGCUGUUAAUAUAUAGAGAGUAUAUUUAUAUUUUUAUUUAUUCAUAUAGAUUAGAGAUGUAUAUGUAUAUUAAAGUUAGAGACAAAUUGGAAAUAUUUAACGAAGUAUUUAACGAACGCGGCGCAGAUCGGACGAACAUCCUUCUCGCAUUUGUUUAGACUAGCAUAAAUUACCGAAGCAACGAUUUGUCAUUCGAAUAAAAAUCUAACUUUCCUACUACAUAUGUGUAGACAGCAGGCAGACUCGAUUUUUAUCACUCGAAGCAUAUCGAAUCGUAAUUUCGUAACACACGUGUCCACGUUGACGACUUAAAGGGUCCAAUCAUUGCUCUGAAUCACGGUCAGCAUUUUUUAUGGAGAUGCGAACGAGCUCCUUUCGUCACUUUUAUUGAGAUCUUGUGCAUGCGGUUAUAAAAAAUUCAUGUCCAAUAUUUCGGAUUCAACGAACGUGUUUAAACGCAACUACGAAUGUUUUAUAUAGAUAAUAUCUCGAUCGCGAUUUUCGAUUUUUUAGAUCAAAUCGGAUAGCAUCAUAUCACUUUAACAUAUCGCUUUAAUGAUUCAAGAUUCCAUCGAAGAUUAUUUCAUACGUUUAAUGAUGAAAUUUGUAAUCAUUGACCAUAUCGAAGGAAGAGAAGAAAUCAAGGUUAAGAAAAUACGCGAACCGGAUUCCUUAAAUUCUUUUUUUUUCACAAUAUACAUAAAUGAAUUUCUUUGAAAGAUAUGUCGAAACAGAAAAAACCAUUAAUAUUUAAAAGCUUUUAUAUCGAUCUUAACGUUGCCGUUAAUUCAAUCAUAUCGUCAAGAUGACUUAAAGAUCAAGAAUAAAAAUGUAUUUGUGUCGAGUGCUUCAAUAAUGUUCAAUGUACAUGUGCGCGUGUAUGUAUGUGUGUGGUUGUGUAGGAGAAAAAGAGAAAGAGAGCCGAGCAACGUAAAAGCUUAUCUCGUUUUCAUGCUAAAUUGAAUUUAGCAUAGUUUUCGUCGAUGAAAGGACGUCGACGAUAAGUGAAAGAUUAGAUCUUUUGCACGCAUGGAAUUGUGGGUUCACAAAAACGCGUUUAUUCGGAUAAGCUAGUCUUCUUUGUGUAUACGAAGAGAACGUAUUUUCCUUUUAAAAAGUAUUCGAUCGAUUGAAACGUUUUUAUCGAUAUGGGAAAAUUGUGUAAGAAUAGUGAAAAUCGUUAACAAUCGUGACUUUUUAUGUUGAAAGUUGAGCUGACAGAGCGAAAGCUUCUUUUAAAUCGCGUUAUUAUAUUAUUCGAUUUCUAUGUUAUCAAAGUUCUUUUCGUAUACCUAAACUUCGUCGAAGAUGGAAAUCCGCAUAGAUAAAUCACAUAACGUUCGAAUCAGGAAUGGAAAUGAUAUCCGAUAGUAAGAGGAUCAUUUAUAAAAGAGACGAAUCGAGCGAUGCAGGCUUACAAAUAUCUUGCAUAUCUACUUGAUAAUAAACUAUACACAUAUAUGAUGUAAACGAAUAUGAUAUUCCCAUAGGUAUAUGAAAAUCAUAAAUUAGAUUUAUUAACUGUAUCGUGUAUCUCUUUAUACGUAUAUGGUGUGUACGAUCUAACGAAUUGAUUGUAAACGAUACAGUAAAUAUAUAACAACAAUAAAAAUAAAAAUAAUAAAAAUAAAAAUAAAAAUAAUAAUAAUAAUAAUAAUAAUAAUAAUAAUAAUAAUACUGUAGCAACAAUAACAAUACAAAAAGUUAUUUGUAACACUAACUCUACAAAAAAAAUUGCAGAAAUAGAAAAAUGUCUACGUGAAAUCCGCAGAUCUGCCGUAUUUUAAUUCUCGUUUAAUUAUAAAUUUUAUUUAUUCGCAA